GCUGCAUCAACUCCAGACAUCAACUCCAACGCACCACGCUCACCCACCUUCCUUCACCGUCACCCCCGUCGCAACUCUUCUUUCAAUCCCUCAGUCGACAUGGCAAUCGUUCACCCGCGCUCAGACUCGGACCCACACUCGCCUCCUUCAAGGCCUCGCAGUGCUUCUCCGCCUCACGCUGCGCACGCUGCUCACAACCCACUCCCACUGCUGCCUCGCUCAAAUGCUGAGGCACUCCAACUCGGACUCCCACUCCUUCACCCUCAUCGCCGUCCGACAGCCGACCAACCUAAAAGCCCUUGCCCCAGUUCAAUCCCCUGCCAGUCACAGCCGUGCGUUUCCAAAGUUUGACGCUCAACAUGUUUGUCGUCUAGCUAGCCAGCUGACAUUGCAUAGACUUCUUGAUCUGGGUGGUGACUGCUCCCUAGAGCUUCGUGUUCCCAACGGGGCGCUAGCUCUCGCCUGCCGCCUGGAAAUCGCUCUUGGUGUUGCCGUCCGUGCCGAUAUUGGCCUCGCCACCUGUCUUUCAUUUGACCCAAACAUCGGCGUUGUCUGUGGUAAUGGCGUUGGUCUCUCCCACUUCGACUCUGCUUGCGGCCAGUGCGAGAUGCAUGAAUGGCCUCGCAUGCAGUGCAUCUGCAACAACCGGCUGGUUGACUUUGCGGUCGGUACGUUCUGUUCAUCCUCCAUGGUCUCUCUCAGACGACUCCGCUGACUGCAGAUGCCUGCAUUGGGCGUUCUGGGAACGGUCUUACCUGCCACCGUUAGCCAUCUCUCCGUCCUUAAUGGACCUUCCUCGCGUUGGCGGCCUCAUCCCCUAUUAUAAUACGCUUGCGCCUACGACAUUGACCCUCGCUCACUUCGUCG